UACGAAAGAGCCAUGUCAGCCGCCAGAAAUGGAGUCUCCAAUCGAGGAGACGACGAUGAGGUCUGCCCUGUCUGUAAAUCCUCCCGCUACCUAAACCCGAACAUGCGAUUUCUCAUCAAUCCAGAAUGCUACCAUAAGAUGUGUGAAUCAUGCGUGGACCGGAUCUUCUCAUCAGGUCCCGCUUCAUGCCCUGUGGCGGGAUGCCAUAAGACGUUGCGCAAAAAUCGGUUCCGCAAGCAGACAUUUGAGGAUAUCGGCGUGGAAAGAGAGGUAGAUAUUCGGCGGAGGGUGAUGCAAAUAUUAAACAGAAGAGAAGAAGAAUUCACAACGAAACGCGCCUACGACGACUUCCUAGAACAGCGCGAAGAAAUAAUCUCGAAUAUAACACUGGGAAUCGACGUAGCCAAGACAGAAGAGGCCCUUCGAAAAUAUGCAGCGGAAAAUACGGCCUCAAUCCGCGCGAACCAAGCCCUCGAGGCCCAAGAGGCCAACUCCGUCCGCGAACAGCAAACACUCGAACAAGAGCAGGCCCGUCUCCGUCGACUAGCAGCGAGACAAGAAUACGAGGAUGAGCAGCGCGCGCUGCUCAGGGAACGGGAAGAUGUCCUUGCCCGUCUCGCAGCUGGACGGCCGCGCGAUGCCGAGGCCAUAGCGAAAGAAGGACAGAGAAAUGUAUUGCUCAAGAAAUCAUCAGCAAGGAGGAGCGAAGAGGAAAGGAUCCGGCUAAAACAGGCUGCAUUGAGAAACUCUGAAGCUGCUGCCAAGAGGGGCGUUUCUGCUGCUGCUGUUGCCGCAGCGGCAGAUCCCGCCGCUGCUACGGGCGGUUCGGGCCUCAUCAAAGGCCUCAAGCAGGUCAAGAUGCCGGAGCCGGAGAAGCCGUACGAUCCCUUUGGUGGUCUUGUUCCCGACAAGCGCGAUUACUAUACCAUGCGCGAUUUCUAUCCGUCUAGUUACCUUGAUCCUAUCAGGCAGGAUGUGCGCAUGCAGGCUGGAGGGUAUGAUUUCAAAGAAUAUUAUUCAAGGACUUUACUCGAAGCCUUUGCCGGCCUGGGCUGCUUCAUUGAUGAAGAGGUGUCUCAGAGAGAUGCGACGGCUGCUUUGGGAACUUCCCAGCCUGCAGUCGCCGAGGGGCCUGCAAUGGCCGCCGUAUCGAGUCCGGAGAUUAACGAGGCGACGGUUUGAGGACGAUCGAUUGUAUUAGGCGUCUCGUUUCAUAUUUUUUCUUGAUGCCGGUUGCCUCUGUGCGAUUGUGGAAAACUUCACUGGUUUCAUAAGCAUAGCGACGGCGUUUUGGUAUCUUCACUUGCUUGGCGCUGGCUGGCCCAUGGGAUUAUUCUAUCAUACAUAACUUCAAACUCUAGAAUUGGUUCAUACAAGGGUGUGUUUUAAAAGGAUGGUGCUUUGUCGAAUGGGAAUUAGAUAUUCUUAAAUCCAUUUUGUGAUGACU